AUGCAGCUCAUCAGACUGGUAGAUGUCAAGACCAUCUGCAGAUGUACUUUGCCUGUUUCUCUUUCAGUUUCCUGUAACCUGGCUGUCUUCUAUCAUGAUCCCAUUCAUGACAAUGUCAACUGCCUCCAUAUCCACUGUCCAACUUUGGAGAGCUGCAUAUUAGAGCCUGGAACCAGUGCCAUUUUAUACAACAUAACAGAAGGUAGAGAUCCAGAUUUGCUGGUUUUUGAACAAUCACCUCCCUCAUAUCUAAAUACCCGUUCUUCAUCUAAUAGAUGGAACAGAUCAAGGAUUCUAAAAGCUAUGAAUUUGGAUAAACAACAAUCCACCAUGAUAAACCACUUGCUGCCAACAACAGAGGCUCCAUCAUCAACCACUCAUCAAGAUUUGGUUGCAAACAGAAACAAUAGCAGUUAUUCCAAGGAAUUAACCAAAGAUCUGGGGGCAAGAUUCAUUUCCCUGAAUGAGUCCAUUACCACAAAGGUAAAUAUGGCAUCACCAAGUACUGACUUCCUAAACAAUCCAGAUAACAAGACUAUUUCUCCUUUCUUCAUACCCGUAGACACAAAACUUUCUCAUAUGCCUGUUCCAUCCCGACUCAACAGUAGCAAACAAUUACUGAACAAAACCAAGGGAUACAACAGCAGAAACCACACAUCUGAGAAUGAAGAUGGGACACUUGAUGGGGCACCUGUGACUUCAAAGACCUGGCUGGCUCCUGUGGCCCUUUGUACCUCUGUCAUUGUUCUUUGCUGUUGUAUGGUCAUCCUGACAUCUGGAUGCUGUCGAAAACAGCAGGGCCAGUAUAAACUAGGACACAGAAAGUCAGUAUCCAGGCAAACUAAAAAAUGUAACACUCUGUAG